AUGAGGCAGCGGCCGAUCCGCGGCCCCGCUCCGCUCACGGGGCUGCAGGACACGCUGCACGCCGCACUCGUGCACCGCCUCGCCAUUGAUGAGGACGCAGCCAACGCGGCGCUCGUGAGGGUCCGAUGCAUCUCGCGUGCCCAGUGGGAGGCCGAGCUGGGCGCCGACCAGCUCGACGUCGAGGUCUUGCACCCCACGUUCCCGACCAUCAUCGACAGCAUCCUCGCUCACGCCGACGUGCGCGGGCUCAUGGCCAUCCGCGCGACCUCGCGAGCAUUCAAGCGCCGCGUUGACGCCCAGCUGUUCGACCACGCAGUGCUGCUCACCCCGCUCAAAGUCGCAACCCUCACUACUCCGACAGGCUCGCCCCUCCCCUUCGCGCCGUCCGGCGUGCGCGUGCUCGACGUUGCAAGCUGCCACCUCGGGCCCACGAGCACAUCCUACCGGCGAGCAUUCACCUCGCUGCAGGUCCUCCGGCGCACUAACUCCACCGCGACGGAUCGGCGCGGCGCGGCGUCCUUCUGCCCCAUCACCGUGGUGGAUGGCUACGACGUGCCCUCUGACUCGCAGUCGCGGCGGCCGUACAUCUUCAUCCCGCCCAGUACGAAGCGAUACACUCUCCACAUAGCAUGGCUCGGCCCGCGGCCCGACGGCACACCAGAGUUUAUGGGCAGCGAGAGCCUGCGGGAGGUGGUGCUCGUCAUCGCUGGCGGCGAUAACCUGGUCUACUCCACCCCUCCUCCCACCCACCUCGUCACCGAGCUCGUGUGCCGAUUCCUCCUCGUGCUCAGAUCUGGCGGUAGUAUCACCCUCGUCGGGAUGCGUUCACCUGAGACCGUCACCGCGACGGUGCGUACCCGUCUGAUGCGGAGCAGUACAGCGCAACCCAAGGCUGUCGACGCGGCGAUGGGGCGGCUGCGGUGCUUGUCGCGCGACGAGUGGCUCGCCGAGCUGGGCGACAGAAGAGAGGUCGAGGGCGAGUGGGAGGCCUAG